UCUAAAGCUCGGUUCAUUAUUUGUACAACAUAACACCCAUGAAGACGUAGCUCUAGAUGCAAAAUUCCUCACCACCACUCGACUGCGUCAAUCUUUCAGUCCAUCACUUUGACCUGGAUGUAAACGUUGUCUUUAACGUUGUAAUUUGCCCUACAUACUCAUGACAUGACAAUGUUUUUUUGAUCUUGAUGUUUUUUCUUCAGUCUUGCAUUUAGAAACUGGAAGUAACUCUGUUGUUUACUGUGUGACUCUGAAUGUACGUGCUGUUCCCUCACAUAACACAAGGCUGUGAUUUCUAUGGACAAAGGGCACCAGUAUGUGACAAGACUGCAGAGGCCACUGCUGAAUAAACUGUCUGCUUGCUGCUUCCAGAGUCAUUCACCAACAACUUGCCACAGACACACCAGAGAUAUAAAUACAAAUAAUUAGCAUUGUCCUCUCCAGGUCCUGGGGCAACGGAGGAGUAACACCCCAGCUCAUGACAUUCCAAGUCAUUCUCACCCCUUAGAUCACACUUAAUGUUGAACAAGUGUUAAAGUGAAUCAGCUGGGUAUAUAAGGUGUGUGAGUGGAGCAUUACAGAUGCCAAACCUGCCUUUUCCUUGGACCUCCUGUUCACUUUCUGUUGAGGAUAAACAGCUGCUCUAUUGUUUAGUGUCCAGGUCAUCAAUCUAGACUUGUUUGUCAGGGUGGAGCUACAGGCUUUGCAGUUUCAACAUCCUUCUCCUUCAUUCUGAGCUUAUUUUCAAGGAUAUGGGUGAACAAAAUAAAAUAUUAUCACGUCCCAUUUUCCGCCGAGAUGUGAACUGGGAUCCUUUCCCAAACUGGACACAGCCGAGCCGCAUCUUUGAGCAGGAUUUUGGCCUCCCUCCUUUCCUGGAGCCUAGUGAUCUGGACUGGAUAGACUGGGCGAAGAGGAGACUGGCAUCUUUCUCCUGGCCUGGGUACACACAAACUCCCCAUCUGCCUCCAUUCAGUGGUCAGCACCCUACGGCGUUGAACCAAAAGGGUCUGAGACAACUGACAAGUGGAGUGUCAGAGAUCCGAACAGGGCAGGACAGCUGGAAGAUUAAUCUGGACGUCAAUCACUUCUCGCCUGAGGAAAUUACAAUCACAACCAAGGAGGGUUAUUUGCAAAUAUCAGGAAAUCAUGAAGAAAGGCAGGAUGAGCAUGGAUUGGUUUCCAGGUGCUUUACCCGGAAAUACAAGCUACCACAGGGGGUGGACUUGCAGCACAUCAGUUCAUCUCUGUCUGGUGACGGAGUUCUCUCCGUAGAGGCCCCCGCCCCGCCUGGGACAUCCAUCAGCGACCCAACCAAUGAGAUCGUCAUACCUGUUCAGAUCAGACAGAUGCAGGAUGGUGAAAAGGGAAACCAGUAAGCAGAACUUGAAACUGCAAUCAGAUGUAGUCCACGUUGUGUAGCAACCUUUGUAGCACAAAAAAGAAAAACUAGUUUGUUACAGCUUAUUAAAUGUACUACUUAUUACUUAUUUAGAUUUACUGUGAUAACAAGCUUGUUUUACUGCUAUAAGAUACUGACUAUUUCUAACAAUAUACCAUCAUUUUUACCAUCAUGUCUUUAUUAUAUAAAAAAUACAUGUUAGCAGCUGUAGUUGUCACCUUGCAUGACCUAAGGGACUGUGGAGAUUCUGGUUGACAAUACUGGCCAAGAAUGGACAGUGGAUAGUAAUUGACUACUUCUAUAUCUAAACAGUUUAUUUACUGUACAUCAAAUAGUGCUUCAGUGUAACAGGGCAAUAUAAUAGCACAAUUAUUAAUUUGGUUGAAUUAUUUUUGCUUUUGAGGAAGAGAAACACUGUAGAAGCUGUAGCAUAGAUUCAUUAUGUGUGUUUGUACUGAAAGUUGUACAUUGAUGCAUUGAAUUACCAGCCGAAUGAAGCUGUCCUGAUAUCAUAUAAUCUUUCACAAAUGUAUAAACAGCUUCUGAUAAAUUAAAAAAACUAAAUUUUCUCCUUUAGCGCCUUUCAUUACUGAUGCAUUUGUUAGCAGAUUAUAUGAUUAAUAGGAAUCAGUUUAAUUUGUAUUGAUUAUUCAUCCAUUGCUCUGUUUCUCAAGGCUUGCCCAAAAUGUCAAAUGGUCCACAAGAGGGCACUGAAGUCCUGUUUAGUGUAAUAUUUGGACCCUGCCUUUUUUCCUGUUUGUGAGACAGUUUUGUCAAAGUUAAUUUUAUUUAUUUAUGUAGACCCUCAUCAACAGUUUCUCUCAAAGACCUUAAUAGAAAGCAGCCUAUCUAGAUCUUCUUAAUUAGCUGUUAGAAGUUUAUUUCUCCAAAUUAAUUUCCUAAAGAUUUGUUACAACACAUUUUCUCAAACAUUAUAUAUUGCACCAAAAAACGCAUCAGUUUUAAACUCAUUGUGGUCAAAUGUGCUCUUCUUCAAGACAUGUGAUGCCAAAUUUUAAAGCAAGUGUACAGCGGUUUAAAGCUGACUGAGGCUGAAAGGGUCAAGGGUAAAAGUCAGGUGCUGAGAGGAUCUGAUGAGGGCCACUCUAAAGUCAACAGUGAUAUCUAGUGCUUGAACUGGGUAUUACAUGUUAACCUAACUAUUUGUACUGUAUGUCAAUACAUGGAUUGAUGCAAUGUUGCAAAUAAUUGUUGAAAAUACAGAAUGUAUAAUGAAUAAAGAGGAUUUUUUAAAAAUA